GUUUGCGCGGGCUGAGGCGAUCCUUUCGAACCAAUUUUUCAAGGAACUUCCGGCGCUCUUUUGUUCGGGUCCUUUUUCUGCCUCCGCUGAGCCGUUUGGGAAAGUCGAACUGAGGGAAGCAGUCGUGGGUGGCGGGGGGCCGCGUGACAGAAAUUGGUUAUCGCAUCCUCCGUUUUCCUUUUCUUUGGCCCGCCCCACCCCCAUCCCUGAGCAGUUUCCACGGCCAUUUACCUCAUAUUCUCAGGAGACACCUCCCCCCCCAAGUCUUCCCCUCUUUUUCGUCUCCUUCCCGCCACCGCUUCUCUUCUCCGUCAGCCAUGGAACUCGACGACUCGCUUUCGCCGCUCAAGGCAGUGGAUGUGAACCCCAAAGUGGGUAAAGUCAAGAAUGAGGAUGCCAAAAAAAGAUUGUCUGUUGAAAGAAUCUAUCAGAAGAAAACUCAGCUGGAGCAUAUAUUGCUCCGGCCUGAUACCUACAUUGGCUCUGUGGAACAAGUGACUCAGCAAAUGUGGGUUUACGAUGAAGAUGUAGGACUGAAUUGCAGGGACGUCACAUAUGUACCUGGCCUUUAUAAAAUCUUUGAUGAAAUACUAGUCAAUGCAGCUGAUAACAAGCAGAGAGAUAAGAACAUGUCUUGUAUCAAAGUUACAAUUGACCCAGAGAAUAACACUGUCUCUGUGUGGAACAAUGGAAAAGGAAUUCCUGUCGUAGAACACAAAGUAGAGAAAGUCUAUGUGCCAGCUCUUAUUUUUGGGCAGCUUUUAACAUCCAGCAACUAUGAUGAUGAUGAGAAGAAAGUCACAGGUGGCCGAAAUGGUUAUGGAGCAAAGCUGUGUAACAUAUUCAGUACCAAGUUUACAGUGGAAACAGCAUGCAGAGAAUACAAGAAACUCUUUAAGCAGACCUGGAUGGAUAAUAUGAAUAAAGCUGGAGAGAUGAAACUGAAGUACUUCGAUGGUGAAGAUUUUACAUGUAUAACUUUCCAACCUGAUCUGUCAAAAUUUAAAAUGACCACAUUGGACAAAGAUAUUGUGGCUCUAAUGUCUCGCAGAGCCUACGAUAUUGCUGGAUCAGCUAAGGAUGUCAAGGUCUUCUUGAAUGGAAAGAGGCUUCCUGUCAAAGGAUUCCGCAGCUAUGUAGACCUGUAUGUGAAGGACAAGAUGGAUGAAACUGGCAAUCCACUGAAAGUUGUCCAUGAAGAAGUCAAUAACCGAUGGGAGGUUUGCCUAGUAAUGAGUGAAAAGGGAUUCCAGCAAGUUAGCUUCGUCAACAGCAUUGCUACAACAAAGGGUGGCAGGCAUGUAGACUAUGUUGCUGAUCAGAUCGUCAACAAGCUCAUCGAGGUGGUAAAGAAAAAGAACAAAGGUGGUGUUGGAGUGAAGCCUUUCCAGGUGAAGAAUCACAUGUGGGUCUUCGUAAACUGUUUGGUGGAAAACCCAACAUUUGACUCCCAGACAAAGGAAAACAUGACUCUUCAAGCAAAGAGCUUUGGGUCAACAUGCAAGUUGAGUGAGAAGUUUAUCAAGGGGGUAGUCAGUUGUGGCAUAGUAGAAAGCAUUUUGAACUGGGUCAAGUUUAAAGCCCAAACUCAACUGAACAAGAAGUGUUCUGCUGUAAAACACAACAGAAUUAAAGGAAUACCUAAGCUGGAUGAUGCCAAUGAUGCAGGGAGCAAGAAUUCUAUCAGUUGUACCCUGAUUUUGACAGAAGGUGAUUCAGCUAAAACAUUGGCUGUUUCUGGCCUUGGAGUUGUGGGAAGAGACAAAUUUGGAGUGUUCCCCCUGCGUGGAAAGAUGCUCAAUGUUCGUGAAGCUUCCCACAAACAGAUCAUGGAGAAUUCAGAAAUUAAUAACAUUAUUAAGAUUGUGGGCCUGCAGUACAAGAAGAGCUAUGAUGAUGAAGAAUCACUUAGGAGCCUGCGUUAUGGAAAGAUAAUGAUCAUGACAGAUCAGGAUCAAGAUGGCUCCCACAUCAAAGGCUUGCUGAUUAACUUCAUACACCAUAAUUGGCCAUCUCUUCUGAGGCACCGUUUCCUGGAAGAGUUCAUAACUCCCAUCAUAAAGGUUUCCAAGAACAAAGAAGAGAUUCCUUUCUACAGCAUUCCAGAAUUUGAAGAAUGGAAAUCUAGCAAUCCUAGCUACAAAAACUGGAAAAUCAAGUACUAUAAAGGUCUGGGUACCAGCACAUCCAAGGAGGCAAAAGAGUACUUUGCAGAGAUGGCAAGACAUCGAAUACCCUUCAAGUACUCUGGCCCUGAAGAUGAUGCUGCGAUCACUUUGGCCUUUAGCAAAAAGAAAGUUGAUGAUCGAAAGGAAUGGUUGACAAACUUCAUGGAAGAUCGAAGGCAGAGGAAACUACUAGGGCUACCAGAUGAUUAUUUAUAUGGGAAAACUACCACUUACCUAACUUACAAUGACUUCAUCAACAAAGAACUGGUUCUCUUCUCAAACUCUGAUAAUGAGCGAUCCAUUCCGUCACUGGUCGAUGGCCUGAAACCAGGUCAGAGGAAGGUUUUGUUCACUUGCUUCAAAAGAAACGACAAGCGAGAGGUAAAAGUUGCCCAGCUGGCGGGAUCAGUGGCUGAGAUGUCUUCUUACCACCAUGGAGAGGCCUCACUGAUGAUGACCAUUAUCAAUCUGGCUCAAAAUUUUGUGGGCAGCAACAACCUUAACCUCCUUCAGCCCAUUGGCCAGUUUGGCACCAGACUGCAUGGGGGGAAAGACUCUGCCAGCCCCCGUUACAUCUUUACAAUGCUCAGUCCUUUGGCACGAUUGGCUUUUCCUGCAGUGGAUGACAGUGUGCUGAAAUUUCUAUAUGACGACAACCAACGGGUAGAACCUGAAUGGUAUAUCCCAAUCAUUCCCAUGGUCCUAAUCAAUGGGGCAGAAGGCAUUGGAACUGGCUGGUCAUGCAAGAUUCCCAACUACGAUAUCCGAGAAGUGGUGAAUAACAUUCGCCGCAUGCUGGAUGGAGAAGAGCCUCUACCAAUGAUUCCUAGUUACAAGAAUUUCAAGGGGACAAUAGAUUCGCUGGGGCAGAACCAGUAUCUUGUCAAUGGGGAACUCUCUAUUCUUGACUCGACCACCAUCGAAAUUUCGGAGCUCCCUGUUCGCACUUGGACGCAGGUAUACAAAGAACAAGUUCUAGAGCCCAUGCUCAAUGGUACAGAAAAGACACCUCCACUCAUAACAGAUUAUAAGGAAUACCACACAGACACCACAGUCAAGUUCAUAGUGAAAAUGAGCGAGCAGAAGCUGGUGGAAGCAGAGGCUGCUGGGCUACACAAGGUCUUCAAACUCCAAACAUCUCUGUCCUGUAACAACAUGGUCCUUUUCGACCAUGUUGGCUGCCUGAAGAAAUAUGAGACUGCAGAAGACAUUCUACGGGAGUUCUAUGGUCUCAGGCUGCGCUAUUACUCCUUAAGAAAAGACUGGCUGGCUGGGAUGUUGGGGGCUGAAUCAGCCAAACUAAACAACCAGGCUCGCUUCAUCCUAGAAAAAAUAGAGGGCAAAAUCGUGAUUGAGAACAAGCCCAAGAAAGAAUUGAUCAAAGUUCUGAUUGAGAGAGGUUAUGAUUCUGAUCCAGUAAAGAAAUGGAAGGAAUCUCAACAGAAGGGCAAUGAUGAUGAUAUCAGUGAAGAGGGUGACAGUGAUAAGGAGGAGAAAUCGGCUGCAGCCACUGGGCCAGAUUUCAACUACCUUCUGAACAUGCCUCUCUGGUACCUCACUAAGGAAAAAAAGGAUGAGUUGUGCAAGCAGCGGGAUGACAAAGAAAAAGAACUGGAAACCCUGAAGCGGAAGAGCCCUGAUAACUUGUGGAGAGAAGACCUUGCUGUCUUCAUCGAAGCUCUUGAAGGCCUAGAAGAAAAGGAGAAACAGGAUGAGAUGAUGGGGGGCACAGGCAAGCCCACCAAAGGGAAAGGAGGGAAGCUCAAAGUAAAGAAGCUGCAGGAAGUCAUGCCCUCCCCACAUGGCAGAAGAGUCAUUCCUCGAGUGACAGAAGAGAUGAAGGCAGGGGCUGAGAAGAAAUUAAAAAGAAAAAUCAAGACUGAGAAAACUGAUCUGGAUGGGAGUCAAGAAGGAGAGUCACCAGGGUGUGACAAGGAACCCAAAGGUCUUAAACAAAGAUUGGCCAAAAAAAUGAAACAGGAGCCAGACACCAAGAAACAAUCUGUAUUGCCAUUCAAGCCUGUCAAAAAAGCCAUGAAAAGAAAUCCUUGGUCUGGCUCAGAAUCAGAAAGUGAUGAUGAGGGAGAUAUAGAGGUUGCUCCUCGUAAGGAUGCACCACGCCGCCAAGCAGCAGCCAAAGCAAAAUACGUGCUGGAUUCGGAUUCAGAUUCAGACCUCAGUGACAUGGGUGAAACAUCCCCAGCUCGGGUGGAAACAGAUGAGGAUCCUGAGGAAAAUGCAGCAGUUGCCCCAGCAAAGCUGAAGGCUGUUUCUAAGAAAGCGAAAGAACAGAAAGGCCAAAAAGAAUCCAAACCGCCAGAGGUACAGAGUGCUGUCACAAUUCACAUUGAGGACUAUGAUGAAGCUAAACCAGCUACAUCUCUUGAUGGGCCUCCUAAACCCGCCCCCAAAAAGAGAGCACCAGCCAAGAAAACAACAGGCAUAAGUGAGGACAACCAGCUUUCUAUCAUGGAUGCUUUCUCAAAGAAGAAGGUGACUACAAAACCCAGCAAAGCAACAGCAGCUAAGAGUUCAGACUCCAGUACAGAUGGAGCAGCUUCCAAAAAGCCUGUGCCUGCCAAGACAAAGAAACCGGCCAAAAGGAAGCCUUCCUCCACUUCUGACUCUCAGGACUCUGAUUCUGACUUUGGGCAGUCUUUUAAAAAAUCCACGGCAGUUAAGAAAUCCAAGAAGAUUGAUGAGUCAUUUUCCAUGGAAAUUGGCCCAGAUGAGGAACUGUGUGCUCCAGCUAUCAUCCAUGAAAGGGUUGGUCGGGCAAGAAAACCUAUCAAGUAUCUAGAAGAGUCUGAUGAUGAAAUAUUCUGAGUUGAAAGCAAAGUUCACUUACGUUUUGUCCCACCUUAUUUUAAAAAUUCAGUGUGUCUGCACUAAAUAGCCAAGAACUGGAUUCCAAGCGCUUACAAUGGCAUUCCUGAUAGGACCAUGUUUUAUCAAUGUUCUGUCUGUCCCUGUAAAUAUUUUCAUAUGUUUCUGUUCUAUAUAAUCCUUUUACAUGUGGUUAAUAAAUGUUUUUCUACUUUGAA